AUGUUAUCUUAUCUAUCAUUGUUGCUAAUUCUUUUUUCUGUCUCACUAACACCAGCUAUAGCAGUGAAGAAGUCAUACAUAGUGUACUUGGGUGAGCACUCUCAUGGUCCAGGUGUAACAUCUGCUGAUCUUAAUCGUGUGGUAGAUUCUCAUCACAAGUUUCUUGGUUCGUUUUUGGGAAGUACAGAGAAGGCUAAGGAUGCCAUCUUCUACUCAUAUAAAAGACACAUAAAUGGUUUUGCUGCUAUGCUUGAAGAUGAUCAAGUGGGAGAGAUUCAAAGGCAUCCAAGUGUGAUCUCUGUUUUCUUGAAUAAAGCUAGAAAACUACACACAACUCGUUCAUGGGAAUUCAUGAUGCUCGAAAAGAAUGGAGGCGUUCAUCCAAGUUCACUGUGGAAGAAGGCUCGAUUUGGCGAAGAUAUAAUCAUCGCAAAUCUUGAUACAGGUGUUUGGCCUGAGUCAAAAAGCUUUAGUGAUGAAGGGUUUGGACCCAUUCCUUCAAGAUGGAAAGGAAUUUGUCAAAAUGACAACACCACUGCAGGCUUCUCUUGCAAUAAAAAGCUUAUUGGAGCAAGAUACUUCAACAAAGGCUACAUCGCGAGCGGAGUAAAUGUAACAGCUUCAAUGCAGACAGCACGCGACUAUGACGGCCAUGGCUCUCACACAUUAUCAACUGCUGCUGGAAACAUAGUCCACGGAGCGAGUGUGCUUGGUGUGGUGAACGGUACUGCAAAGGGUGGGUCCCCCAAAGCCAGGGUGGCUGCAUACAAAGUAUGCUGGCCACCCGUGGAUGGUUCAGAAUGUAUGGACGCCGACCUCCUCCAAGGCUUUGAUACUGCCAUACAUGAUGGUGUUGAUGUUAUAUCCGUGUCUCUUGGCGGGUCCUCUUCUGAUUACUUAGACGAUGGGCUCGCCAUUGGCUCGUUCCACGCUGUGAAAAAUGGGGUAGUUGUAGUUGCAUCAGCUGGUAAUGAUGGGCCUGAUCCUGGAACUGUUACAAAUGUUGCUCCCUGGAUUAUAACAGUAGCAGCAAGCACGCUGGACCGGAGUUUACAAAACAGCGCGAAAUUGCAGAAUGGAUUGGUCUUAAAAGGAGCAAGCCUUUCGAAACCAACAAUGCCCAAAGAAAAAUUCUAUCCAUUAAUCAGUGCUGCACAGGCUAAAAAGGCCAAUGCAUCGGUUGAUGAUGCGAUAAAGUGUAAGAAAGGUACAUUGGAUCCAAAAAAGACAAAGGGCAAGAUAUUAGCUUGCCUUAGAGGAGAGACCGCCUUAAUUGAAAAGGGGCAUCAGGCAGCUCUAGCUGGUGCUGUUGGAAUGAUCCUUUGUAACAAUAAGACUAAUGGCAACGAAAUUUUCACCGUCUCUCACAUCCUUCCAGCGAUACAUGUCAAUUAUAGAGAUGGCGUUCGAGUCUUUGACUACAUUUCUUCUUCUAAAGAUCCACGUGCGUAUAUUACAGCUCCUGAGACAGUGUUGCACACAAAACCGGCUCCAUUUAUGGCAUCUUUCUCUUCUGUUGGUCCUAAUACUGUAACUCCUCAGAUUCUCAAGCCUGAUAUUACAGCACCGGGAGUGGAUAUCAUAGCUGCAUACAGUGAAGCAGCAAAUCCUACAGAGGAAGACUACGAUAAGCGUAACUCUCCCUUCAACAUGAUCUCGGGAACCUCAAUGUCUUGCCCCCAUGUUGCUGGUGUAGUAGGCCUUCUCAAGAGCCUCCAUCCUAAUUGGAGUCCUGCUGCUAUUCGAUCUUCUAUUAUGACUACAGCCAGAACAAGAGACAACACUAUCAAUCCAAUGCGUGAUGGAACGGAGAAAGACAAAGCGACACAAUUUAACUAUGGUGCUGGACACAUGCGCCCCAACCGCGCCAUGGACCCUGGCUUGGUCUAUGACUUGAAUGUGAAUGACUACUUAGACUUCCUUUGUACACUUGGUUACAACCAAAAGAACAUCACAAAAUUUUCAGGAACAAUAUCACCUUAUCAUUGUCACAAGAAACACCAUGGCCAUACUAAUCUCUUGGAUUUCAACAAUCCUGCUAUAACCAUUCCAAAUAUCUCUCACUCAGGUCCAGUCACCGUCACUCGUAGGCUCAAGAACGUGGGGCCCCCUGGCUUAUACAAUGUACAUGUUCGUCUGCCAAGACGAAUGUUUUCAGUUUCUGUUGAGCCCAGUGUGUUGAAGUUUGAUCAUGUUGGACAAGAGAAGAGUUUUAAGUUGACAAUUGAGGUUACGGAUGCUAAAGCAGUAAAACAUGGUUAUGUUUUCGGAGAGUUGUUGUGGACUGAUCGCGUUCAUUACGUGAGAAGCCCGAUCGCGGUGUCUUCUGUUAGUAGCCAUAAGAAUUAGCUAAGAUGUGAAUAAUUUUCCAUAUAGUAUCCUUUUUGGUGG